AUGCUGCCACCGUCGGAUUCUUUCUUGCAUCACUCCCACAAGCUUCGAGAAGUGGCCGCUAAUGCGCGCAACCGUGUGGUCUGCAUACCACCACCUCCGUACUCUUCAACAGUCCCACGAGGUUCAACCCAUGAGGAGAGACAGAAUGCCCUGGAGACCAUCGACGAUGACACGGCCUGGGAAACCUGCGCCGGUACCAGCUCCACUCCUAUUACGAUUAGCAUUGACGCCUCCAUUAGUGUGGUGGGCAACGGCAACACCAUCAUGAUCCCGUCUAUGGCAGGCCAUCCUCAGCAAACUUCGAGAGUUUCUAGUUCAAUGAAUCCCGAGAGUUCAUCUUUCUCUACGUCCACUGCACCAGCAGCUUCUGAGGCGGACGCUCUGCACUCAGUUCAGAAGCAACGCCAGGCUAGACUGACCGAAAUGGCAACCUCCAUCAUCAAUGCCUUGUACGAUUCGGGCCGGCUAGCACCCCCGGCAGAAGACCACGAACCUGCACCGCUUGAAAUCAAGAUCAACACAGGAAUCAAGGUUGAGGGGAGCCGCAACGUCAUUUGCGUUGGUGCUACAGUCCGGGCCCAGAGCGCCCCGAUGGGCACGGACAAAGAUCGACAAGUCAUUUCAAACCGAAAGAGACGAGCUCUAUCAGAGCCUUUCGAAGCACCGAAUUCCAAGAAGAAUUGUGUGCAAUAA